CACUCUCUCCUUCUCUCCAGAGGGUGAUUAGACAUUUAUUCUAUAUUUCCCGCAGCCCCUCCUCACACUAAUACGCUCACCAGUCACCGGAUAAAUAUUUGCAGCUCUACGAAAGCCAAAAUCUCCGUGUUCUGAUCUCCAAUUUUCUCUCCAGGUUUCAGGGUUGCGGCCAGCACCUCCUCCUCCUCCUCCUUCCCUUUUCCUAAGUACCCCCUGUAGCUCUUUCCGCUGCUGUCAGAUCCACUUGGACCACUGUCGGGGUCGUGGAUAACACGGAUGACCCUUUUUUUUUUACCUCGGUGACAUCCAGCCAGGAAGGGGUUAAGCUACAACGCUUAUGAUAACAAGCCUUUUGUCACUGAGUCAGGGGAAGGAAAGAAGGAAGCCUGCCUCCGGAUAAUAGGAAUUUCUGUGACCCAGCCACUUCCAGCAGCUACGGACUCAUGAAUGGGAGCGAAGAGACUCGCAGAUGGGAAACGGUUAACCAUGCCUUGUAUGUGUGUCUGUAAUUGCGCUAUCGCCAGCGAUACUCUCCUCUGACUCUUUGGAAGAGGGCGCAGAGUUGCACAAGUCCCCCUUCUUCUUGGCGUAUGGGUAAGAGUAGUGUUGGGACCCUCUAAAAAAUGCUUGGUAGAUGGGUCCUGGUGUUCCUGGCCAGCUGGGUGGUUUGCCAUGACGCUCAAGAUGCCCAGAACCUCACCAUUGUGGUGCUGCUCCCAAAAACCAACACCUUAUACCCCUGGGCACUGCCAAGAGUCGGACCCGCUAUCCAGAUGGCCAUCGACCGCAUCAACGACGACCCCGGCCUCCUCCCAGACUUUCACCUCUGGGCGGUUUAUGGGGACACCGAGGACAAGCACAAGAGGUGCUCCGAGUCGGCCGCCCCGGUGACCGCAGUGGACAUGCAGUUCAUCUACCACCCCUAUGUCUUCUUUGGCCCGGCAUGCAUUUAUUCAACCGCUCCGGUGGUCCGCUUUACCGAGCACUGGAAGGUCCCCCUGAUCACGGCCGGAGCUUCGGCAAUCGGGUUCGGCGUCAAGGACGAGGAAUACAAAUACAUCACCAGGACGGGAGUCGUCCACUCCAAAUUGGCCCAGUUUUUAAAGCACAUCCACCAGCAGUACAACUGGAGCAGCCGUGCCAUGCUCCUGUACAGCGACGACAAGGAUGACCGCGCCUGCUACUUCACCGUCGAGGGAGCCUUCGUGGAGCUGCCAAAGUUCAACAAUAUGACCGUGGUGGAUAUGAACAUGAAAGAGCACAAUGUGAUCAACCAUACCUCCAUCAUCCAGGACAUCAAGCAGAAAGGGCGAAUUAUCUACAUCUGCUGCCCACCGGACGACUUCCGCCAACUCAUGCUGCAAGCUUGGAGCCAAGGCCUGUGCUCCGGCGACUACGUCUUCUUCUACAUUGACAACUACGGCUCCAGCCUCCAGGGCUCCACCUUUCCCGACUACCGGCAGCCCUGGUACAGAGGUGACGCCGACGACGACAAGGCCAUGGAGGCGUUUAAGUCAGUGAUGAUUAUCACCUACAAGGAGCCAGAAAACCCGGAGUACUUUGCAUUCCUGCAAGAUCUGAAGAGCUACGCCCCCAAAUUCAAUCACACCCUGGAGAGCACGCUGAUGAACACGGUGGCAGCUGCGUUCUACGAUUCGGUCAUGUUGUACGCACAUGCGGUCAACGAGACCAGAGUGAAGGGGGAGAGCAUGAAAAAUGCCACCGCCAUCAUAAGCUACAUGUGGAACCGAACUUACUAUGGGGUGUCGGGAUUCAUGAAGGUUGAUGACAACGGCGACCGGGAGAACGACUACUCGCUGUGGGACCUGACCGAGACGGGCGGAGAUUUCCAGGUCGUGGCCAAUUAUAACGGGACGCAGAGGAGCAUCAACCGGGUGCCGGGGAGAGAGAUCCACUGGCCGGGGGGGGCGGUGCCGAGGGACGUCCCGCCCUGCGGAUUUGACAACAGUAACCCGGAGUGUAUGAAAACCAGCUUCUCCGUCCUGGAAGUGACCUCCAUAGUCAUCUGCUUCAUCCUCCUGGCCAUCGCCAUCUCCUCCGUCUUCAUAUACAGGAAGCUGCGGCUGGAGAAGGAGCUGGCGGCCGAGCUGUGGAAGGUCCGUUGGGAGGACAUCCAGACCAGCAACAUGGAGAAGAACCUGCGCCGAGCCGGCAGCAAACUCACACUGUCAUUGAGAGGCUCCAACUAUGGCUCGCUGCUCACCAUGGAGGGUCAGUUUCAGGUUUACGCCAAGACGGCCUACUUCAAGGGGAACGUUGUCGCUGUGAAGUAUCUGAACCAGAAGCGCAUCGAGCUGACGCGGAAGGUCCUCUUCGAGCUGAAACACAUGCGAGACGUACAGAAUGAGCAUUUGACGCGAUUUGUUGGGGCUUGUACUGACCCGCCCAAUAUCUGUAUCCUGACCGAGUACUGCCCCCGGGGGAGCCUGCAGGAUAUUCUGGAAAAUGAGAGUAUUACCCUGGAUUGGAUGUUCCGAUAUUCAUUGACAAAUGACAUUGUUAAGGGAAUGCUCUUCCUGCACAACAGCGUCAUCGGGUCCCACGGGAAUCUGAAGUCCUCCAACUGCGUCGUGGACAGCCGCUUCGUCCUGAAGAUCACCGACUAUGGCCUGGCCAGCUUCCGCAGUUCUGUUGACUCGGAAGAUUCUCACGCUUAUUUUGCCAAGAGACUGUGGACCGCUCCUGAGCUCCUCCGUAUGGAGUCCUCCAAUUCUCAGGGGACCCAGAAAGGAGAUGUCUACAGCUUUGGCAUCAUACUUCAGGAGAUUGCUCUUCGGAAUGGGGUCUUCUACAUGGACAGCAGUGACUACAGCCCCAAAGAAAUAAUAGACCGAGUAAAGAGCCAGGAGAAGCCGUACUUCCGACCUUCCACCAACCUUUACUGCCAUAUUCAGGAACUGGGGGUGCUCAUGCAGAGGUGCUGGGCAGAGGAUCCUCUUGACAGGCCGGACUUCAACCAGAUUAAAGUUCUGCUACGCAAGUUCAACAGGGAAAACAGCACAAACAUCUUGGACAACCUGCUGUCCCGCAUGGAGCAGUACGCCAAUAAUCUGGAGGAGCUGGUGGAGGACCGGACUCAGGCGUACCUGGAGGAGAAGCGCAAGGCUGAGGCUCUCCUCUAUCAGAUACUUCCUCAUCCUGUGGCUGAGCAGCUAAAGAGAGGGGAGACGGUGCAGGCCGAGGCUUUUGAUAGUGUUACCAUCUACUUCAGCGACAUUGUGGGGUUCACUGCGCUAUCCGCGGAAAGUACGCCAAUGCAGGUGGUCACGCUGUUGAACGAUCUCUACACUUGUUUUGAUGCCAUCAUAGACAACUUUGAUGUCUACAAGGUGGAGACCAUCGGUGAUGCCUAUAUGGUGGUGUCCGGGCUGCCGGUUCGCAACGGGAAGCUCCACUCCCGCGAGAUCGCACGGAUGUCUCUGGCCUUGCUGGAAGCCGUCAAGACAUUUAAAAUCCGACAUCGUCCCACUCAGCAGCUGAGACUUCGGAUAGGAAUUCAUACUGGUCCUGUCUGUGCCGGAGUUGUGGGCCUUAAGAUGCCGCGAUACUGCCUCUUUGGGGAUACAGUGAACACAGCAUCACGCAUGGAGUCCAACGGCGAAGCACUUAAGAUCCACGUCUCGACAGACACACGGAACGUCUUACAAGAGUUAAACUGCUUUGAGCUGGAACUUCGAGGUGACGUGGAGAUGAAGGGCAAAGGCAAGGUCCGAACGUACUGGCUACUGGGUGAACGAAGCAGCAGCACCCACGGGUGACACCUUGCCGGCCUUCACAGGGGAUUAUGUGACUUGGGGUACUCUCAAUCCUCAGCAAGGCCGUGUUUGUACCUCACAGACGUCUCCACCUCGCAGUGGCAAUUGACACUAAGGAAGGUGGUGGAGUAAACAAACAAA